GUUGCAGUAGUAUAUCCUAAUAAUGAUCCAGUUGCCUUUUUAUGUACUUUUUAUGGUUGCUUGACAGCUGGUAUAGUGCCAGUGCCAAUUGAAGUUCCAUUAACAAGAAGAGAUGCUGGAUCCCAACAAAUUGGCUUUCUCUUAGGAAGUUGUGGUGUUUGUUAUGCAUUAACUUCAGAAGCUUGUUAUAAAGGUUUACCAAAGACUGCUACAGGUGAAAUUCAUACAUUUAAAGGCUGGCCAAAACUAAAUUGGUUUGUAACUGAGCAUCUUAGUAAACCUCCCAAAGAUUGGCAACCACCAGUUAGAAUUAGUGAAGAAGCUGCAGCUUAUAUUGAAGUGAGUUUUUUUAAAUCUAAUAUUGAACACUAUUCUAAAACAAUAAUUAUAAUUUAUUAGUGUGUGUCUAUAUUUUCUAUUAUAUUAUGCACAAAAGCAAUACAACUUGAAAAUUUUACAAAUUAAUAGAAAGAGUAUUAAAUUGGAAAGAAUCCUAAUUCUUGCUCAGAAACAUUAUAAUUUGAAUUUUUAAUAAGUAUAAAAACACUACCAAACAUGAUUUUUACCUUCAAAGAAAUAAAGGUAAUUCCUUAUCAAUUCCGAUGUUUAUAUUUCAAAAAUCGCCAAGAAAAUGUCACAUUACUUCAUGGUUUUUCCUGUAUGUCAUGUUCUUUGCUAAAAGAAAUGGUGCACUUCACGCCAAGAUUUUUAUUUAAAAUAACAAUAAAAAUAACAUACUCUGUCUUGCAGCAUUAAAAUCAACACUUUAUUCACACUUUGCAAGUACCUUCAACAGUUUAUGACUAGCCUCUUUAGGCUGAUUUGUUUUAUAUUUAAAUUGAACAAGAUUUUUGGAUUUUUGAAUAAGUAAAAAUGCCCAAAACGAUUCAACAGAGAAAAUGAAAUUGUUCCUAAAAACAAAAUUUCACAGGUGACAGAGGAGGAUAUAUUAAAUAUAUCAUCAGAUAAGGAAGUAUGUGGAUUGUCCUUCAUGGCUGUUAAUUCAUGUACCAAAAUCCCAAAAAUAUUGCUGAAAGAGAAGGAAGCUGUCAAAAGAAAUAGUUCUGUUGAAACAAUGGCAAUUUCCACACCAGUGAAAUACAAGAAAAGAAGAAGCAAUACAGGAACUUUUAAUUCAUUAGUCAAAGCCGUGAAAGAACAUAAAUACAUUGUGUU